UCCAUAAACCCAAAACCCCAAAGUCCUCCCAAGCCGAAAGAUACGGGCGAUGUUGGUGGGGCCCAAUUUGUUCCGCCGCCUCCUACGAUCUUCACAACCACCCGCCCCACACGGCGGCAAUGGACUUAUUGUAUCAGCCUUCCACCAGCUCCGAUAUCACUACAGUACAACCACCGAGUUGUCAGCCGAACACUUAAAGGAUGGCGGAAAUAGUGAAAAGAAGAAGAAAAACAAAUGGUUCACGCUGCCCCCAUUUACUAAAACCGUCCACGCCUCUGUAUUGGGAGCCAAACUAGCCGGAAAACCACAUUCGAAAGCCGCCAAUGAAACGACGGUGGUCAAGUGGGUAAUGAGAUGCUGCCCGGAGCUGCCCAAAAGCCUAGUACAAAAGCUAUUUCGCUUAAGACAGGUUCGAAGAGAAUCCCAUGUCCUGGAAGUUGCUGAUGAUGGUUGCCAAGUGCAAAAAGUUCAACUUAAAAGGGUGGGGGCAAAGGAUGCAUUGAACAUUGGAGAUAGAAUUUUUCUUCCUGUUAGUGUCAGAGAGUUUCGAGAGGAGAAACAAGAAAGUGGCUGCACUGAAGAAGAAUUGAAUUUUAUCCAAAGUCUGGAGCUUUAUAAGGAUCCUGCCAUUAUUGUUCUCAAUAAACCUCCGGGGAUGCCAGUUCAAGGUGGUAUUGGAAUCAAAUGGAGUUUAGAUAAACUGGCAGCAGCUUGUUUAUGUUUUGAUUACUCAGAACCACCUCGGCUGGUGCACAGACUUGACAGAGAUAGCAGUGGCAUAUUGGUGAUGGGGAGAACACAAAUGAGUGCAACAAUUCUUCAUUCUGUAUUUCGUGAGGAAACAAUUGAUGCAUCAAAAGAUUUUAAGGAUGUUGACAAUGAGAAAAGAAUCUUGCAAAAGAGGUAUUGGGCACUUGUCAUUGGGUCUCCAAGAUGGCCCAAGGGAAUGAUUGUAGCUCCACUUCGGAAGGUGGUGGUGGAUGAUGGAAAAUCUGAUCGAAUCACCGUCUUUGACAAUACCCAGAUUGUGUCCUCUCAGCGUGCAAUAACAGAGUAUCGAGUCAUUAAAACAACAUCUCAUGGCUACACAUGGUUAGAGCUGUCUCCGCUCACUGGUAGAAAGCACCAACUUCGAGUACAUUGUGCAGAGGUAUUGGGAACACCAAUUGUUGGAGACUACAAAUAUGGGUGGCAAGCUCAUAGAAGGUGGCAACAUUUGCCUGAGGCUGAUCUUAAAAAGAACUCAAAUGAUAAGUGUCCAGAGACAAACAUGCUUCCCUUUGGCCUUAACAUGGACAGCGGAAGUGUCUCUGAGAAGCGCCCUCGGCUACACCUUCACUGUAGGGAAAUGAUCUUUCCAAAUGUCUCUCAAGCAUUGCAAAAUCUGCAAUUGUCUACAGAUCAUGAUCUUUCAAAACUCAAAAGGCUCGAAGUAGUUGCUCCAUUGCCUUCAUACAUGCAAAAAAGUUGGGAUAUCAUGAAUUCUUGACCUACAGUAGGGAACUUCCAAGUUUCCAAGUUUGCAAUCGAUUGUUAAUUACUAGAAAUUUGCUCCUACAUUGAUAGGAGAGAGAAAAAAUUUUUUAUUGAAUGAGUAUACUUUUUAAUUCCAUUUUUUCAAAACAAAAAUGUUUACUAUCUUUUUGUAUGUUUAAAUACAUGCAAAUAUUGAA